UGCAGAGGAUAAAGCGGCGGCGCGGAGGGCUGGGAGGCGGUGCAGAAGCCCAUAGGUCUGUGCUCCCUGCCGCUUCAAGCCACAGACUCAGGAAGAUGAGGCUCGCCAUCAGCGCCCUGCUGGCCUGCGCGGUCCUGGGGCUGUGUCUGGCUGUCUCCCCUGAGAAAACUGUGAGAUGGUGCACUGUCUCACAUCAUGAAGCCAGUAAGUGCUCCAGUUUCGUCGAAAAUAUGAAAACGGUCCUUGAAACUGGUCCCUUUGUCAGCUGUGUAAAGAAAACUUCCUACCUUGACUGUAUCAAGGCCAUUUCGACAAAUGAAGCAGAUGCUGUGACACUGGAUGCAGGUUUGGUGUUCGAGGCAGGCCUCCAACCCUACAACCUAAAGCCUGUAGUGGCAGAGUUCUAUGAGUCACAAGUUGAUAAAAAAACCUUCUAUUAUGCUGUGGCUGUGGUGAAAAAGACCAGUAACUUCCAACUGAACCAGCUCCAAGGCAAGAAAUCCUGCCACACAGGCCUUGGCAGGUCUGCUGGGUGGAAUAUCCCCAUGGGGUUACUUUAUUGGAAGUUGCCUGAGCCACGUGAAUCUCUUCAGCGGGCAGCGUCCAAUUUCUUCAUGAGCAGCUGUGUUCCCUGUGUGGAUCGGACAGCCUUCCCCCAACUGUGUCAACUGUGUGCAGGAAAAGGGCCAGACAAGUGUGCCUGCUCCAACCAUGAACCAUACUUCGGCUACUCAGGUGCCUUCAAGUGUCUAAUGGAGGAUGCUGGGGAAGUGGCCUUUGUCAAGCAUUCCACAGUAGUGGAUAACCUGCCAAACAAAGCUGACAGGGACCAGUAUGAGCUGCUCUGCCCAGACAACACCCGGAAGUCAGUGGAUGAAUUUAAGGAGUGCUACCUGGCCAAGGUCCCUUCCCAUGCUGUUGUGGCCCGAAGUAUGGGAGGCAAGGAGGACUUGAUCUGGGAGCUUCUCAACCAGGCUCAGGAACAUUAUGGCAAAGACAAAUCUACAGGCUUCCAGCUCUUCAGCUCACCUCUGGGGAAGGACCUGCUAUUUAAGGACUCUGCCCAGGGGCUUUUAAGGAUUCCCUCUAAAAUGGACACCUGGCUGUAUCUGGGAUAUGACUAUGUCACUGCUCUUCGGAAUCUAAGGGAAGAUAUGCGCCCUCAUACCUCAAAGGAUGAAUGCAAGAAGGUGAAAUGGUGUGCAAUAAGUCACCAUGAGAGGGCCAAGUGUGAUAUGUGGAGUGUAAGCAGCACAGGGAAAAUAGAGUGUGAAUCCGCAGAGUCCACGGAAGACUGUAUUGCCAUGAUCGCGAAAGGAGAAGCUGAUGCCAUGAGCUUAGAUGGAGGCUUCGUCUACAUAGCGGGCCAGUGCGGUCUAGUGCCUGUUCUGGCAGAGAACUACAAAACUCAAGGCUCUCACUGUGACAGCACACCAGAGAAAGGAUAUCUUGCUGUGGCUGUGGUUAAAACAUCAGCAGAUGCCUCCCUCACCUGGAACAAUCUGCAAGGCAGGAAGUCCUGCCACACUGCAGUAGACAGAACUGCUGGCUGGAACAUCCCCAUGGGCCUGCUCUACAACAGGAUCAACAGCUGUGAAUUUGAUAAAAUUUUCGAUCAGAGCUGUGCUCCUGGAUCUAUGCGAAAUUCCAGUCUCUGUGCUCUGUGUGUUGGCUCGGCAAAUAUGCCAGGAAAGGAGUGUCUUCCCAAUAGCCAUGAGAGAUACUAUGGUUACACGGGGGCUUUCAGGUGUCUGGUUGAGAAGGGAGACGUGGCCUUUGUGAAAGACCAGACUGUCAUAGAGAACACUGACGGAAAAAACAAUGAAGAUUGGGCUAAGAAUCUGAAGAUAGGUGAUUUUAAGCUGCUGUGUCCUGAUGGCACGAGGAAGAAUGUGGAACAGUAUGACAACUGCUACCUAGCCCGAGCCCCGAACCAUGCUGUGGUCUCACGGAAAGAUAUGGCAGCUUGUGUUAGGGAGACGUUAAUUGAGCAGCAGGCUUUGUUUGGAAAAACUGGAAAUGACUGCUCGACCAAGUUCUGUAUGUUCCACUCAGACACCAAGGACCUUCUAUUCAAGGACGACACAACAUGUUUGGCCAAACUUCCAGAAGGCACGACAUAUGAAUCUUACUUAGGAAGAGAGUAUGUCACGGCUGUUGCUAACCUGAGACAAUGCUCCACCUCAAAAAUACAACAUACGAACUACCACUCCCGUGAUGCUCCGCUCCGGACGCCUGCGCAGAGCUCUGGGCCACGUUGCUUUCGCGACGCUGGAGAACCGCACUCGGCCAUGGCUUCUGCGGACUCGCGGCGGGUGGGGAAUGGCGACAGUGUCAGGGGCGCGUUCCAGCCCUACCUAGACUCCUUGCGGCAAGAGCUGCAGCAGAGGGACCCGACCCUGCUGUCAGUCCUGGUGGCGCUUCUCGCGGUGCUGCUGACGCUGGUGUUCUGGAAGUUCAUCCGGAGCAGAAGGAGCAGUCAAAGAGCCGUUCUUCUUGUCGGCCUUUGUGACUCUGGGAAAACAUUGCUCUUUGUCAGAUUGUUAACUGGCCUUUACAGAGACACUCAGACGUCUAUCACUGACAGCUCUGCUCUGUACAGAGUCAACAAUACCAGGGGUACUAGCCUGACCUUGAUUGAUCUCCCUGGCCAUGAGAGCUUGAGACUUCAAUUCUUAGAACGUUUUAAGGCUUCAGCCAGGGCUGUUGUGUUUGUUGUAGAUAGUGCCACCUUCCAGCGAGAGGUGAAAGAUGUGGCAGAGUUUCUCUAUCAAGUCCUCAUUGACAGUAUGAAUCUGAAGAACACACCAUCGUUCUUAAUUGCCUGCAAUAAGCAAGACAUUACAAUGGCAAAAUCUGCAAAGUUAAUUCAACAGCAGCUUGAGAAAGAACUCAACACUUUACGAGUCACCCGUUCUGCUGCCCCCAGCACACUGGACAGCUCCAGCCCUGCCCCUGUUCAGCUGGGAAAGAAAGGCAAAGAAUUUGAGUUCUCACAGUUGCCUCUCAAAGUGGAGUUCCUGGAGUGCAGUGCCAAGGGCGGAAGAGGGGACGCUGGCUCUGCUGACAUCCGGGACCUGGAGAAAUGGCUCGCUAAGAUCGCCUGAGGGGCAGAGCCAAAGUGCAGGACGGUUGAAUCCGUAUGUGUGUGACUGAUAGUUUUGGACAAGGGUGUGGUAGCCUGGAGUUGAUAAAGAAGGGGUACAGAAUGUAAUAAGAAACAUUUUCUUGCUCUGGAAACAAAUUAAUGUCAAAAAUAACUUGGAAUUUUUAUUUUUAAGUUCAGUUCUCCCUCGGUGCUUUAAUUUCAUUUACUUGUGUGUCUUCCUUUUGUUAAGUAAGGUGUUGUCCCUUUAACAUAUGCUUGACAUAAGGUCAAGAGGGUAUUAUCAUGUGAAUAUGAUCAUCAUCUGAAAAUUUCUUAUCCACUGCUCUGUGCUUUAGUCCCUUUUGCUGAAAACAAACCUGUCUGUGUAUGGAACCAUUUGAUUUCCAUUUGUCCUUGGUGUUUGUGGGCAGUACAGCAUCUGGUCCUUUGUGAAUUCUCAGAUGUGCGGGUGCAGUUUACAAGAUGGUCUCCUGACAUAUGAAGACAGGGAGAAAACAGCAAGGCUGUGUUGACAGCUGGUCUGUUCUUCAUCAGCUUGUGACUGGUCCACACUCCAGCCUUAUAGCACUUAGGUUUCAAAAACAUGCCCUGAGCCCUCGGAGUCCUUCCCAGAUGACAGAACUGUAAAUGCUAAAUCCCCAUUGCCAAGGGUCUCUGUGUUCUCGUGGUUUCCCUUAAUUGAGGAGUCUGGAGAUUGAGAAGCUGUUGUGGUUUUCUGGAUGGCUGAGGGCUCCUGGGAUGUGUUUGUGCUCUGUUUGACCAGCCCGUUUUGUACUCAGAGACAGAAUGCUGUGGACCACAUGUGAAUGACAAAAGUUCUCUGCAGUUUUUUAAAGUGCAUAUUCACUGCUGGUUAAAAGAAAAGUUGGCCUCUUCAAAAUGAUGUUCUUUGUUGUCUUCUUGAAUGUUGGCUUUUUUAGUGGCUUUUAUAAAUUAUUAUGUGUUUAUUGGCAAAUAAAAACAACCUGUAUGGCUCAAAGCAAUGAAAUGGAAGGGUAUAGUGAGUAUAAGCGGGAGCAUGUGUGAGGUAGGGUGCAGGCCUGGUUCCACAUCUCCAGGGCCUGCAGACGGCAGUGUACACAGGAGCAAAGUGCUGUCCCUACUUCACACCCUCAGGCACAAGCUCAGCUAAAGCCUCAGAUGAGAUCAGAGUGGUUGUGGGUUAAGUGAGAAGUUAAUCCCAGAAGAGUGUGGUCAGAGCAUGACAGGGGCAUGGGUGCUCUGCAAGCACGCAGCAUGGGCACCGACCUUGGCCGUGAGGGGUCAGGGGGAGUCCAUAGAAGCACGGAGCUGAUAGCAUCCCAGUGCAGGUGGGCCCCAUGUGUGCUGCAGCCCAAGCCUCUGGCCGCCAUCACAUCUUCCUUUGGGUGAUUCUAGCUCUGCGUCAGACUACAGCUCCCCUGUGCCCUCAACUCAGUUUCCAACACCUCGCUGCUCGUGUAUGGAAUACGUGCAAGCUGACACGGGAAAGACAUUGGACCUUGACCGUGGCAGUUAUUAUCCUAAAGCUUCAGUGCUGCUGGUGUUCUUUCUGUCCUUUGGAUUCUUAGUUUUUGUCCUUAUUAGCCAGCAGUGAUUUAAGGAAAUAGGUAAGAGUAAUGAGCCAGAAAUCAAAAAGGGUUGUGAUAAAUGUGACAUGUUUACAUAAUCACAGGUGCUUGUGUGAAUAAAAACCGAUGGCUUGAUGCUGCUGUUAAGAGGCAUGUAA